AUGCCUGUCUCCUUUAAGUGGAAAGGUGGUGCUCCUUUAAUGGAUAAUGGCGACUUUAGUGGAGAGAUGGUUUGGGGUUGCAAACCUAAGCCAUGCUGGGGGGUUCCGCGUGGUGAGCUUGAGUUCAAGGGUGCUUUCGAUGAGGCUUCUAAUAAUCUUAUUAGAGCCGGAGGGAAGUUUGCUGCGUUGAUUCAACUUUAUGACGGAACGCUCAAGGGUGCUCGGAGCGGAGUUGAUCAAAUUAAAGCCGAUUUGUUUGAUAACUUUGAUGGUGAUGCGGCUGCAGUUAGGUUUCGAGAAGAAAAGAUGCUUUUGAAAAGAAGAUAG